CGCCCUUAAGCUUGUCCCAACCUUCAUUUCUCCCGUUUACAACACGUCAUGUCGUAUCCGCGAAUUAAGGCGGGCACCAAGGUGCUGCAGACGAAAGCGAGAGUCACGCAAGCGGGGGGCCCGCUUCCACCAAAUCCUCCGCCAAGCUCGAAGGAAAUAACACUGCAGACGAAGCGACGCAUGGAGAAGGCAGAGCGCGAUGAACGCGUAGAUAUAACAAAGGCAUUGACUCCAGUGAAGACGUACAUGGGUGGUUUCACGCGUCCACAAGAUCUUCGCGUAUCGAAUUGGUGGCCAGGAGGCGCAUACCUGCGGAAGCGCAAAGUCUAUGAAGCUCCACCACCGGCGGCGUACGAGCCGCACACCGCGUUCCUCCUCGAAGCGCGAUACCCCACUCGGCACGGCGUCGGACGCCAGGACUCAAUCGAGCACGUCGUCGGCGUGUGCAGAGAAGGCGACCUUCCCGCUAUUCUGGAGAAGUACAACAGCUGGAACUGCCCGAAGGAGGAGAUGGAGGUCAUGGACAACGCUAUCUGGCCUUGGGUGGAAAAAAGGAGCAAAAAGUCGGUCGUCUGGUGGGACAAGGGUGAGAGUAGGCGGGAGGUCCUGGAGCGUCGGCAGCAGGAGAUCUAUGAAGGCGCGUCGUCUGCCGAUGCCACCACGCAACCCGUCGUGUCCAUGGACUUGACGUUCGCACCUGUUCCGCCACCGAAGGGCCAGCGACAGAAGCGUGCGUUCCAUUCUGCUGUUGCAUGGCGCUCGGACGUCGAGAAGACUCACACGACCCCGGCGGAGCGUGCUGAGAUGCCCGCGUCCGCUUGGUCGCGUCCACACAAGCCCUCCCAGGAUGCAGACGACAACGUCGUUCCUACCUACUACGUCGAGCGCAAGCGCCAACUGGACGACAUAGCGGAGCGCAAAGAAACCGAAGGCAACUUGAUGUCCCAGCUGAGCGCGGGCAUCCUCAGUGAGGGUAUCACAGCGGAAACGCACCCUCGCGAGGAAAAGAUUCCGCCGGAAGUUAUUGAAGAAGACGGCACGGUUCGCUUCCCGAGCGGCUUUGAACCUCCCACACCCGCGACGGAGUUCCAUCCCGUCGCUGCGCUCCCAGUCUUCGAUACCGAUGAUAACGUCGUCAAAUCCGGCAAGAUUAUAUGGGAAGAGGCCCUUACACCGCCUGAGACGGAGGAACUCGCCGCGUGUGGGGCCUCCUCUGUGCACGGCAUGAGUGGUGUACGCGGCUUCCAUACCAGCGCUGUCGCACGCGCUCGCGAGGUGCCUCUACAUGGCAUGGCCUCCCACGCGGUACCGCCACAGUCUCCCGCUCAAGCGUCCAAGGACAGUGUUCCUGCAGAGUCCAAGCAGCAACUGUUCGCGCUGCCAGAGAAAAUUGGCGAGGAUGGGGACGAGUAUUUCUUGGAGGCCGACGAAGUAGUCGAGGCCGGCGGUCCCGUUCUCCCUGUUGCUGAUUCCGUGCGCGACUUCAACAGCAAGCUGCACGAGUACCGCGAACGCUAUGUGGCGACGCUCAAGGAGGAGCCCUAUUGGCGUCCGAUGCUCACUGCCACGCUUUCCACUCGCUCACUUGCACUCACCUACGCCCGCAUGUGUCGCGCUCUCCCCCGCGGCCUCCCGUUCUACGCUAGCAUCGAAGAGCCCGACCGCAAGUACGCACCCACGUACAACUCUCGCAUGCACAGUCUUCGUGUGCGCCGUAUGCGCCAGGUCAUCGUCGACAUUGGCCGUCGCCUCCACGGCGACUUCGGUGGCUUUCCCGGCAUCCGCUUCAGCCCCAGCGACCGAGGACGCACACUCGAAGGCGAGGGCCUCGAGGCGCCGAUCCCCCUUGAGAAGCGCCUCAUCCACGUCGGCGUUGGCGACUGGCACCGCAACGGCGAGCAGCUGCGUGAGGUGCUGAAGGAGGAAGUCGACGAGCUCGGACUCAGCGAUGGCUUCAACAUCUUUGGCCUCGACAAGUGGGGCAAACGGUCUGACGGCGUCGAGUGGGCGCGCCCGCAGGCCCCGAUCGCGUCAAAGGCCCUCUCGAAGGUCAUCGACGUCGACCUCGCGAAAUUGAGCCCCCGCGAGCGCAAGUUGAAGCUGCAGGAGAUCACAGAGAGGGAGGGCCGCAAGAUCGCGUAUGCGCUCUCGCAGAAGAGCCGCAAGGUCUCCUACCCAGCGGGCCACGAGCAGGCGUCCAUGGACGACUUCGACGAAGUCAUCGUCCCGCCCUCCGCUACGAAGCCCGAGUCUUCUCAGGCAUAGUACUUGUGCAUCUUUCUCCUUGGAUGUCGUGUGGACCUCUUGUUAUGUUUUCGUGUCAUCUGUGUCUUCGUUUAUGCUGCUGUCCUUUUGCUGCUCGAUCCUCGUUUGUACCAUUUGUAUCAACUAGUGCUACUCUUGCUACCGCAUGCUUUCAUAUACUUGUUUAUAAUUACCACUAUGCAAUAUGAUAACCUUCUCUGU